UUUGGUAUUUUGAAGAGGGGAAAAUAAAAAGGAAAAGAAAAGAAAAGAAAAAAAUGAAAUGAAAUUGUGUUUCCCUCUUCCUUGCAAAGACGAUGAAACCCACGUCAUUGCUGACUUAAAACACCACCGCCACCUAUUGCUCACUGCCGCCCACCAUCCCUCCCAGGCAGUCGCCGUUGAGACCCCUAUCGAAUUCUUUUCUCUUUCUCUCAUUCUCCACACUUCACCUUUCCGAGCAUUGUCUGCUGUUCGCGCUGCUAAUCAACGCCGCCCCUUCUCGUGACCGACCCAGGAUUCGGUGGAUUACGGUGGCGAGUUUGCAGUGAGUAAAAGUAAAGGCAAGAGGCCUGGCAGGCCAUUGCAAUGCGGGCGUAGGGAACAGAUUAAUCGUUUUUUUUUUUUUCAGGAAAGUCGGGUCGUUACAAGAGCCAUGGAGGCGAGCGACAGGGCUGGAACUUCAGAGGAGAUUGGUCUUAAUGGAGACGGCCUCUCAAUUCCUUUGGGUGGGCCUAUAUAUGCACCCAACUUGGUUGGUCCGCUCACCAGGGUCCCUCACUUUGAGUCUUCUGUUGUUCAAGAACUUCAGAGUCUGGAGGCAGAGUUACAGUUGGAUUCAUGUCAACAAUGUGAUGAAGAUAUUUCGAUUGACGAACUUAAGAUAUUUACUGAAGAACAGUUAUUGAAUAUGGCCUUGGAGGGAUCAUUGCAGAGUCAUGGGAAUGCUAAUAACCAGUCGGAGCUUCAAGAAGAAAAUAUGAAUGCUGGGUUGCUCAGAGAAUGUGAAGAGGAAGUUAACGGGCACAAUUUGGAGGCUGAUUCGGUAUCAAAUGCAAAUAGAAGCACAAAUAAAAUAACAAGGAAGCGAAAAAAGGAGGAACUUUCUAAUAUUGAGGAAAAAUCUAUCGCAAAGGUGGCUGAAAUUGUAAAAAUUAAACAAAAACAGGAGACAGACAGAGCUGUAGUGCAAUUACAUGCUUUCAAGUGGAAGAAGGAUAUUGCCAGUUCAUCGUCAGAAAGUAAAGAGAGGUUGAAGUCCUUGAGGUCUACAAAUUUUUCUGCAAAGGUUCCUCAUGUGAAAUCACUGAGCGGUGGAAAACACGAAUCUUUGCAUCAUCCAACGACUGUACUUUUUGUGGAGGUUUACCAUAAAUCUCGCAAGAUGGUUAAGUCUCAAGAGCUCUUGGCCCUUGGACGACAAACGUUAGCAGAACUGAAGGACAAGAUUUAUUGCUCGACAGAUACGUUAAUGCAAAAGGCUGGGCAGCAAGAUUCAUCUGGAUAUUUUCUUGUAGAAGAUGUAUUCUGCAAUGAUUUGAGGAAUCCUUCCGCAACAGACUAUAGCAAACCUAUACUUGAUUGGCUUAGAAACUCAGAGGAUGAAGCUCGUAAGAAAUGGGGAUGCAUCAUAACCGGUGAAUCCCAACAGAAAAGUUCAGUUGUAGGUGAAGUGUCAGAUUUACAUGUGCCUCAUUUUAGAUCAGUCAGCAUGAACAAGGCUCGAUUUUGUGACCUGAAAUUUAGGCUUGGGGCUGGGUAUCUGUACUGUCAUCAGGGAGAUUGCAAACAUACCAUAGUGAUUAGAGAUAUGAGGUUGAUCCAUCCUGAGGACGUACAUGACCGUGCUGCUUAUCCAAUCGUUACAUUUCAGCUUAGGACCCGAGCUCAGAAAUGUGAUGUCUGCAACAUUUACAGGGCUAAAAAGGUUACUAUUGAUGACAAGUGGGCGCAGGAAAACCCAUGCUACUUUUGUGAAGACUGCUAUUUUCUUCUUCACUACUCGAAAGAAGGUAACCUUCUUUACAACGAUUUCGUGGUGCACGAUUACUUGAAAGAUUAGGUGUGGCUGAGUUUGUAUAAAAAUGCUUCCCACUUGGUCAUCGAGAUUCAUUCAGCAGUUUUGAUAGUGUUGAGGAUUCUGUAAAUAGCUAUAGGUAAAUGGUUACAAUUUUAUUUUAUUUGGAACCUUAAUUAUUCUUUUUGGGUUGGUUGUGUAAUGGGGGAUUGUUUUUAUAAAAGGAAAGGUAAAUUGUUUUCUACUUACA